CCAACUCCUCAGCCUUAUCAGUCCUGGGUCAAACAUCUAUAAUGAUUCAAAUAUCGCCUACUGUAUCCCAUUACAUAGUUAUGGAGACAACAUCGUCCAUGAUGAAGGCUCUUCCAGAAGGAACGUCGAACUUUGAACCCACAGGAAUUGGAUCAUCAAUCAUAAAGGAAUUGAAUAGCGCGGAUAGUGAGAUAAGUUCUAGUAGUUCCGGAGAACGAACGCGGUCUUCUUCAUUCAAAAUCAACCCGAGUACUGUGAUCAUAACCAGCACAAAAGUUAGUGACAGCAGAGAUACGUCCCAAUCCAUUUAUGUUUUAUCGUAUUAUUCACGUGAUAUGAUGCCCGCAUUUAGCGCUGAUGUUGUUGAUAUUGUACCAAGCUAUUCAUCCAUCCAAAGUACGCCCACUCUAUCGUCAACAGCUUUUACGUCAAGUCAGCCAUCAUCCAGUAUAAUGACGAAGUCUCCAAGUAUCACUGGUUUAUCGACGUCAUCAGCUGUUUCGGUCAGGGAGUCAUCAGUUGUAAAGACGCUGUCUCGAACUAUCACUGGCAUGUCGACGGCAUCCGCUGUUAUCCCAAGCCAAUCGCCGUUUAAUGAAGAGACGCUGAUCCCAAGUAUCACUGGUUUAUCGACGUCAUCAGCUGUUUUGUUCAGGGAGUCAUCUGGUAUUAAGACGGCGUCUCGAACUAUCACUGGCAUGCCGACGGCAUCAGCUGUUAUACCAAGUCAAUCGUCGUCGAGUGACGAGACGCCGAUUCCAAGUACAUUUAGUUUAUCAGCGUCAUUGACUGUUACGUCAAGCCAAGCACCAUCAAGUGAGAUGACGGCAAGUUUAAAGUCCCUUGUUUUAUUAACGCCAUCAACUGUAACAUCAAACCAAGAUCAAAGUUUACCAUCUCCUUUGGCAAAAAGCAUUACUGGGUCAAACUAUAGUUCAGUGAGUGUAUCAAGGACAUUUUCAGUUCGUAUCGAAGUAUCUACAACUUUAUCACCAGAUGUUGUACAGUCCGGUGCACCGAGUUCAUUAACUUUCAGUUCCUCAGUUAGUACUGGGUUAGAAAACCAAGGUUUGUCCACAGCUUCAUCGGAAUACAUGUCAUAUAGUUUAACCCCAACUUUUAUUCAGAGCCCCUCCUUUGGUGCUGGAACGAACAGUCCGCUAAAUAGCUUCCAAAGUGUUUCAAUGACUUCUUCAGAAUCAAUAUCAGACAGUUUCAGCCCAGCAGUUAGUGUCAGCUUAUCGGAUAGUGCUAGGUCAAACAUAUUGGAUUUUUCAGUGUCUUCAUUUGCAUCCAACCCAAACAGUUCGUCACUUGUUGUUAUGCCCGACAGUCAAGAGGUUUCGGUGACGAGUUCGGAAUACAUGUAUAGCUCUAGUCCAUCUUUUGAAUCAAACAUUAUUGCGACUUCACUAGAUGAUUCUUUUAAAAUAUCCUCGACUUCCAGUGACUCAAGUCCAUCGUUUAUAUCCACGUUAGAUAUAGAACCAACGAAAGUUGAAGAUGUUUUGACGAUGAUCCCACACAGCUUGAUUUCCUCCUUGAGUUCUUCGGCAGAUGGAGAAUCAGUCCAACUUACGACUUCAUAUGGCAAUGAUGUGUUAUCAUCUUUAUUUACUUCUAGCUAUCCCAUGACUACAAAUACAUUAUUGGAUACAUCUGAGGGCUUUUCUCUGGAUGUGGGAACGUCACUGGAAGUCUCGUCCCUCGCCAAUGAUAUCUCGAGUGAGGGACUACAAACUGCGAUAUCGACCAGUGUUGUUUAUAAUAUCUCGCCAACAUCGUCAAUCAAUUUUGAGAUGUCCGAUACACAGGCAGUUGAUACAUCACAAGAACUAACGGGAAACUUUUCUACGUCAAUAAUGAAUGUGAAGACAGAAUCGAUGCCAGCGGGGUCAGAAGUGGGACGUGUAACUCUUGAACCAUCAUCAAUGACUCCAAUAUAUUCUUUGACCAAUCCUGAGAGUUCCGUUUUUGAUCGGGAAUCAAUAACGUCAUCAGUAUCAGCGGAAGUCUUUUCACCGACUACAUCAGUAUUAACAACAUAUACAAAUCAAGAACGAUACUUGUUGACGAUGACUGUAGACUCGGGUGGUCAGAAUACAGAUGAUACAACAUUCAGAGAGCAGCUAAAAACUAAUCUUGAGUUAUUGUUUAAUGAAGCGCAAGAUCGCAAUAAAGCACCGGUUAGACGAAGAAAACGAGAAGCCGGACAGAACUCCAAUGUUACAUGCUUUUUAUAUCUCUGUUAA